GCAGGCGCAGGCAGUUUGCGCAGUACAACCUUUCCCUUUUAGAGCGUCCAUAACUUUAUUAUUUCCUAAUUUGAUUUCUUGUAAUUAUAAUGUGAUGUUAGUUUGUAAUAAUUUUGUUCUCCUAAGUCGGAUAAUUGCAUGAAAUUAUCUGAAAUGUGUUGUUUCUACUUUAAAAAGUUGUAUCAAUGAAGGAACCUUCAGCGUCUCCACCAGUUUCUGCUAUGGCAACUCCAACAAAUGGCAGUGGUAACUUGGUGGAUGAAUUUGAAGAAGCUUUUCAGCAUUGUCUUAAUGUCCUUACCAAAGAAGAGGCUGUCGGUAGUACAGACAAGGAUGAUAUUAGAACAGAAGUUGAGCAAACAACACUGCGAUUCAUCGAUUUGGCACGGCAAAUGGAAGCAUUUUUUCUUCAAAAACGUUUCUUGCUCUCCGCAUUAAAGCCUGAAAUGGUAGUUAAAGAAGAUAUUAACGAAUUACGUCUAGAACUAACUAGAAAAGAUGAAUUGCUCAAAAGACAUUACGAAAAAAUUGCUGUGUGGCAAAACCUUUUAGCCGAUCUACAGGGUUACGCAAAGAGCCCCGCACAAAGUUCGUCCACACAAAAUUUGAUCAGUAACGGUAGUUCCGUACCGCCAUCUCCUAUACCAAAUAUACCGGGAAACCAAACGCCAAACCAAAUGAUUGUGUCUGCUAUGUCACCGACAAUGCAGCAAAUGCAACAGCAGCAACUGCAGCAGAUGCAACAGCAGCAGCAACAAUUACAAUUACAACAGCAGCAACAGAUGCAGCAAUUACAACAACAGAUGCAGGUUCCUCCCGGUAUGAGCAGUUCUGGGGUUGGGGUAGGACCGGGAAUGAUGUCACCUCAACAAGCAAUGUUCAUGCAACAACAAGGAAUGGGUGGUGCAAGGACGUCAUUUCCUCAACAGGGUGGCUUGCUACAGGGACCAUUGGCGUACUUAGAAAAAACUACAAGCAAUAUAGGCAUGACGGAUGGACGAAGGUGACGCGGACGCGGGAGGGGGCGUGGCAGAGGAAGGGGUAGAGGCAGAGGUCGUGGCCGUGGGGCUUUGCCAGAUUAUGUAUCCCCAUAACCCCCUCCCGUAGCUAGGAACGGUCCUUGCAUGCAUUGCUAUUAGAUGCAACGUUCUUGGGGAAAUCCGCUGGUUAGAGUAGCAUAUAUGUAUGCGUCAAUAAUAAUCUCUUAAAACAGACUUUUUAAAUGUAUUUAUGUGGCUAUAUGCUUAUAUAUUUUUUUAUUUGCACUGCACAUAAUGUUUAUUUAGUGUAAUAUCAUUUGCAAUAAUUUUUUCAGUAUUGGCAAAUAUUUAGUAUUAAUGAAACUUAACAGUAGGAUUGUACAUUUUGAUUCUGAUUUCAUGGUCAGUAUUCUGUAUGAAUUUAAUAUUUACAAUAAGUUUAUGUUUAACUGUAUUAGUAGGUAAGUAAAUCAGUACAGAAGAGUUUAAUAGAGUGUAGUACGUAGGUUGCUACUGGUGCUGGACCUUACAUUAUAAUUUUUGGGUAAGUAAUUUUAUAGAAUGCAAUAUGUUUGUGCAAUAUUUACUGUAUCUGCUUUUGCACUAUGACAUGUGUAUUACCAGAUAUUUGCUUUGUCCCUUUAAAUUUUGCAAUCAAAUUGCAUUACUUCACCUAUUCUGAAUGAUUUAAUAUAUAAAGAAAUCUGUUAGUGCCAGCACUAGAAACGAUCCUCUAUAUAACAUUUUUGUUGAUAUGUAACGUUACCGAAUUAUGAUCAAAAUUUGUGAUAAUUAUAAUAAAAUAUGUAUAUCUGUAGCUUAAUUUGAUUCGUAAAUGUAGGUAUUAGUUGAAUUGCACAUCGGUUACAUGUUUAAGUGUAGUUUAAGUGUGAAGUUUUGAUUGAUUGAGAUGUGAUCACAUUAAUACUUUAGAGAAAGAAGUGUGUCACACUAAGGAAUUAUUGUGUAUUGAAUAGGUUUUAAUUACUUAUACUUUCUUUUUUAGUUUCAGCUUACAAGUAUGGUUACAAUUUACUAAUAAUCUACUGCAAUUCUUUAUAAAUUAUACUAGUUGAAAAUUAUACUAUUUCAAUAUUA